GAAUUAUUGUCUUUGCCAUCAGUCAGCAGCAGCAGCAGCAGCCAGCAGCAGGGAAAGGGCGCCAGAUUUAUUUCUUCGCGUCCCUCUCCCAUCGACCUACCCAUCCAAACACCACCUAGCCAUGUCUUCCACCAGCAGCAACAGCAACCGAUACCUCGUCUUCGGACCCCGAGGAUGGAUCGGCGAACAGAUGAUUGCCAUGCUCAAGUCUCAGGGCAAAGAAGUCAAGGGCGCCAACUGCCGUCUCGAGAACCGCGAAGAUGUCAUCAAGGAGCUUGACGAGUACAAGCCCACCCACGCCCUCAAUUGUGCUGGUCAGACUGGUCGUCCUAAUGUCGAUUGGUGUGAGGACAACAAGGAGAGUACCAUCCGUUCAAAUGUCAUUGGUACCCUCAACCUCGCUGAUGCCUGUUGGCUCAAGGGUGUCCACAUGACCAACUUUGCUACGGGUUGCAUCUUCAAGUAUGACGAUGCUCACCCUAUGCGUAGCGGCAAGGGAUUCACCGAAGAGUCUGAAGCCAACUUUGACGAGUCUUUCUACUCCAAGACAAAAGCCUAUGUUGAGAAGAUCAUUGUCAACUACGACAAUGUCCUCAACUUGCGUCUGCGUAUGCCCGUCUCGGAUGACUUGCACUCGCGUAACUUUGUGACCAAGAUCACCAAGUAUGAGCGUGUUGUGGAUAUUCCAAACUCCAACACCCUCCUGCACGACUUGCUGCCUGCUUCCAUCUUGUUGAUGGAUUCCAACACAACCGGUAUCUACAACUUCACCAACCCAGGUGCUAUUUCGCACAACGAGGUGCUUGCCCUGUACAAGAAGUACAUCAAGCCUGACUUUGAGUGGAAGAACUUUUCCCUCGAGGAACAAGCGAAGGUGAUCAAGGCUGGGCGUUCCAACUGCGAGCUUGACACGACGAAGCUUGUGUCGAGGUUGCGCGAGUUGAAGUACGAGGUGCCUGAGGUGCACGAUGCAUACGACCAGAUGUUCCAGCGUAUGGCGAAGAACAUGGGCAUUUCCAAGUAGGCUCUUCCUCUGUAGCUGCGUAGAUGCUUCUCUCCUUCUGACUUCUGUCCCCUUGCUCCCUCCCCCGUCCCACUUCGCCAAUUUUAAACGAGAAUCCACAAAAUCGGCGCACAGUCAAGC